GGAGUCGUCGACGAUCUGCGACGACGCCGUAUUCCACGAGGUAGAGGAGGCCUACGCAUAUGCAUGUAGCGAAGCAAGAAUGGAGGGCCAUCACAGGAUGCUGUUCGACCUGGCAAACGAAGCGCUUGAGAUGGUUGUGGGGAGCGUGAAGCCCGGCUGGUCGCUGCGGCGGUGGGUCGUCGACAGCACCGGCGCCCGGGAGAGGAAGCUGCUGGACGAUGUGUGGCACCAGGUGCAGAGUCUGAGGAACCCUCCCGUGCAGGAAAUGCAGACAGUGGAGAUCAUGGUGGCGCGAGAAGCCCAGAAAUCGACAUGGAUUCAAUCCUUGCACGAGGAUGCCUAUGUUUUGGGGAUGAAGGUCGAACGUGCCAUCUUUGACCAACUGCUCGCUGACAUUCUGCAUGAACUGUUCGUCUCGCAAAUUGUAGCAGUUUGAUGUACAGAUUAACAAUUAAUACCACCCAAAACUGCAAGUUCCAGAGGGUGGAACAUGCACAUUUUUUUUUGUUUCAUAUCUAAA